AUACCGAACAUGCGCUGGAACUUGCAGCGCGCCCUGGUCCUUGCAGCUUUCUUGGACUUGGGCUUGGCGGAGGUCGCGGAAACAUGCUCGGACGACCCUUCGCCCGUUGUCUUGCUGCAAGAUCGCUUGAGCUUGGAGCCGUAUGAGCAUCCAAGUUUGCAUAGCCAACCUUCAAGGCAGUUCAACAGCGGCGGUGAAUCGCUGCAACUACGAUUGCUUCAAGCAGAAGUUGCACAGCAGCGUCAGAUUAUCGCGCAGAAUGCCCACGUGUCUCAAGGCACAACCUUGGCAUCCAAGCAUGCAGCAGGGGCUUUGAUCGCUGGGGUGAUCCUGGUGAUCCUGUUACUCUUCGCGCUGUGCAUGGCAUCCUCACUGGGGAUCGGAGCGGAUGCAGGCGGAGCUUUCCAGUACAAGAGGAGGAUUUCCGCCUCAGACUGGCUGGUGGCUUUGGCUCUUGGAACUGCCCUGGUGCUGGCGCAGCUCUAUGCGUUUUAUCACACGGGGUUAUUGUCCCUUCCAGCUGGUGACUAUGCAUUCCCUCUCAUGGUCGCCUGCGGGGCAGUGACCUUCUUUGGGCCAGUGACCUUUGUGUCCUGCUUACAUUGCCAUAGCUCCUUCGAGCACCUGGACGAUGAACUUGGCCACGUCACGGAACGCUUCGAUCGCUUAGAACGCUUGGUGUCAGCGGGCUUUCACAAGAGCCUGCAGGAGGAGCAGGAGCUUCUGCGAUCCCUUCGAAAUAGCU